AUGCAUUCUCGAGCUUAUUUACUGAUCAAACGUGAUUUAUAUUUACUUGAAAAUAGUCCUGUGAAUGGAAUUGAAAUUGAACGUAUCACUAAUGAUAAUUGCUUUGAUUUAACUUUAUUUCUCCGUCCAGCAAGAUCUUCCAUAUGGUAUGGCUGUGUAUUUCGAAUAUUUUGUUCUUUUUAUGAUACUUACAAUGUUCAACCACCUAUUUUACAGUUUGAUCAAUUGAAUAUUCCUUAUCAUCCGAACGUUGAUCCGAUUACAGGUCGAAUUACUCUGACGACAAGUGAGAAAUGGAAUCCGAGUUUGACGUUGAAAAUGUUGUUUGAAGAGUUAGUCAACGUGUUUAUUGAACCGAAUGAAAAAACAACGAUUAAUCCAGAUGCCAUGCGCAUGCUGAAGUAUCGUAUACAUGAUUAUCAGAAUUUAAUUGAUGAAUCAAUCGAGAAGAGUCGACAGUUGAUGGAAAUAGUGAAUGAUGAUAAGACAAAUAUUACUCAAUCACACAUUAUUUUAUCGAAACAAAGAGAUCUCGAUCGGGCACGUUUACGUACACCUGAAGUAGGUGCACGUCGACAGCAAUCGAGUAUUGCAACAUCGAAGGCUAAUUUGCGCGACGAAAAUCCUCUACUCAAACAACUGAGUUCGCAACCAAAACUACAAGGUCAACACCUUGCUUUGAAUGCGAAUGAGCUUGCCCAACAAUUGGAUGAUCGAGCGUUUCAAUUCGAACGACUUAAAUAUGGUCAAUUAAAAAAUCAAGAACGAAUGCGACCCAUCGCUGCAGUUUCUCAAAUGAGUGCACCUGAAACGGAUCAACAAGUUCAUGUUGUGACUCAAGCAAAUAGUAGUCUGGAUGUGUUAACGACAGAAGAAAGACAAAAUUCGAAUCCAAUACAAAAUGAAGAGGUCGAUGAGUUGAUCGAGUGGACACAGAGUCUUCCGACAACCGUUGAGGAAAUGAUCGAAGAACAUUAA